GUCAGCUGACAGGAGGACACGUGACACGUGACACGUGACCGAGCUGCUGUUUACAGGAAGAAAUGUCCGAAGUAGUCUGGUGGUCUCAUGAUACAUCCAUGUUCAGGUGUCGUCGCUCCUGUCGCUGAACUCACCUCACCCCCUGCAGCCCCCCCUGCACCCCCCCCCCCCCCCGCACCCCCCCAGGCUGUUUAACAAACUGACCGUUCAGCGCGUGAAGAUGCUGGAGGCGGCUCAGCGGCGGGAGAGUGACGCCAUAGCGGUGGCUGUGAUCCCGGAGAACCAGCACUGUGGAGAGAUAGCGGACAUCCUCAAGGCUCAGCUCGCUCCCGGAGGCUCCCUGCUCGGCUGUCUCCGGGGCCGGGGCCGGCUGGUGGUGUGGGACCCGGCGGACAGAGAGGCUCCUCCGGCCGCGGUGGACGGCUGCUGCAGAGAUUUUUCCUGGGAGGAAGUGCCCGUCCACAGUCAAGGCGUCGGCAGCUUCAGACUCCUGGCCGUUGGAUCUCAGUGUGACCUGAAGCUGCUGGAGGUGGAGGCCGAACGAUCGGCCUCCGUUUCUCUGCUGUGUGUCUCUGAGUGUCCUGCAGACCGGCUGCUGCAGACCGUCAGAGAGCAGGACCACAGUGUGAGUGAGCUGCAGUCGCUGCGUGUGUUGUCGUUCACUGCUGGCCGCUGCUGCGUGCUGCUGAACGCUGAUUGGCUGCUGCAGCUGCAGUGGCAGCAGGUGGAGGAGGAGCUGCAGAUAUUAUCCUGCUGCAGCCUCCAGCUGACUGACAGCAACAGACACACAGCUGUCCACCACUGUGUCUGCAGAGAAACCCUGUUCACCCUCAGCUCCACCGGACUCAUAUCUGUGUGUGACAUCACUGACGGCAGGCUGCUGGCCAGCGUGGACCUCCCUGUCUACCUGAGCUCUGGACCGGCAGAGGACGACGUUGUCUCCUCCUUUUCUUCGCCCUCCGUCUCCUCAUCUUCCUCCUUCUGCCACCUCCAGGUGUCAGCUGAUCUCAGCACAGCCGUAGCCGUCACCGAGUCUCACACUGCUGUGGGCGUCGACCUCAACCACUACUUCAGGAUGUUCCCAGACCACCUGCUCUGUGCCGCCCCCCCUGCUCGCCCCCCCCUCCGGCCCCAGAACCUAAGAGACCAGGACAGCGUGUCGAGCUCCGGCUGCAGCCUCGUCGCCCUCGGAUCGACCUUCAGUGUCGACCGCUCAUGGGAAGCUCGUCUGGCCUCCAUGUACAGCAGAGCCCAGCAGACUCCAGGCUCCUCCUCCACCUCCUCCUCCUCCUCCUCCUCACAGCGUGCCAGGACAUCCUGGUUCUCCUCCCUCCCCCACCUGGAGUCCCACCAGGCUCCGUCCUCGGCCCACAGCAGAGUCCCUUGCGGCGGGGCGACCGUCACUUUCUCCGUCCCCGAGUCGUCCGUUCCAUCUCUGCUCACGGUCUCCGAGUUCUCUGCCCUCCUGACCUUCGUCUCCCCUGGCAACGCACAGACCACAGUGGCGUCGUGGGAUUUGGAGUCCGGGAGCGUGAACUACUACCAGGCGGAGGGCGCGGCGGCUCCGGUUCAACGCUGUGGAGAGAGGCAGCACAGGCUGCUGCUGAAGAAGGCCGGUGUGUUCCAGGUCUUGUUCUCGGUUUCCCAGCAGGACUUGCUCAGCAGCUUGAUGUUGUUCGGCAGCGCGGCGACAGUGGACGCAGUGUGUCACCUGAACAGCUGGGGGCGCUGCUCCAUCCCCAUCCACGCCCUGCAGGCCGGACUGAAGAACCGGCAGCUGGACACGGUGGAUUUCUACCUGAAGAGCAAAGAAAACGUCCUGAACCCGUCGACAGGGUUCAGUGCUGCCGAUCAGCCGGCAGCCUCCACUCUCACAGACAGUGUCCAGGAGCUGUGUCCAGCGUUGGACCUGCUGUGUUCAGCCGUCAGAGACUCGAACAGUGAAGCUCAGAGCCGACAGUUCUCAGAGCAGCUGCUCAACAUCACCAUGAACUUCGUCAACACACAGAUCCGCUCUGUGCUGACCAACGCACGCAAUGAGGAUGCAGGCGUGCAGAGCUGUGUGGACGUUCUGGAUCAGUACAUCACCGAACUGAGGAGCUACAUGAAGAGGUUUCCCUGGCCUGCAGGGGGCGACACCUCCAGCAUCGACUCUGCUGCUCCUGCUCAGGAGGAGGUGCAGGAGGACGAGUGGGAGCAGCUGCCCACCGAGGAAGUGGUCCGCCAAUCCAUCCUGACCAAUCAGAUCCCCAGAGCUCAGGCCGUCCUGAGGAGGCGGAGCCGCCCGGAGCAGCGUCUGUCGGCUCUGAGGAUGGAGGGUCUGCGGCAGGUGUUCUCCCGCCUGCAGCAGCGAGACCUGCAGACCGCCAGCACCCUGCUCACCAACAUGGGUUUCAGUGUGAAGAAGCAGCUGCACAGUUUCAGUCUUUACACUGAUGACAAGGACCUCAGGGAGUUUGUGGUGGAGGAGCUGUCGAGGCGGAGUUAUUUCCCCGAGGAGGAGAUGCAGAGUGUGGCCUUCAUAAGGGAGAUGGAGAGGCUGGGAUCGCUGCCUGCGUCCCGCUGCCCAGGAAGUCCCACAGCGCACAGGCUCGUUCAGAUGUCUCACAGGGAGACGGGAGCUGGUGAGGAGGUGCUGGAGGAGCUGGUGGGACAGAGGAGGUCUGACCAGGAGGGGGGGCUCUGGAGGAACCUCAGAUUGGACUGGGUGAGGAACUGGGACCAGAACUGCCAGACCGCCGUCCUCCUGUCCAGACUGCAGCACUCAGAGCUGAGCUCCUGUGACUCGGCGGUGUUGUGGCGUUACCUGACCGCCCUCCACGACCAGCGCCGGGUGGUCAGCUGGAUCCAGAACCAGGAGACCAGCGACGCCUCCCUGUGGCCGGAGUUAGCCCCAGAGGUGGUCAACAGCAACACGCUCUGCAGCUCCUACAUGAGGGAGAAGAUCCUGGACCUGCUGGCCAGGAGAGGCCUGUUCAUCCCCGAGGAGCUGGCAGACCUGGAGCAGCUGCUGUGGAGGCUGGCUCAGGGCGGAGGGGUGAUGGCUUCAGCUCCUCCCGUCCCUCAGUACCGCACCUCCCUCGGCCUCGACCUCCACGGCCUCUUCAUCACCUUCUGUCUGGAGCACGGCCUCCAGUACCUGCUCUACACCUACCUGGAGCACUACAGACUGACGCCCAGGAACUGCCCCCUCCUGACCAAUCAGAGCCUGUCAGAGAGUCAGCCCUGGUUUGAGAUGCUGGUGAAGAUUCAGGAGAUCACCAGAGACCUGUCAGACCCGGCACUGGUCUUCCAGGCCAGUCUAACCAGCGCUCAGGUGCUGUUGCCAGGCAGCCAGGCGUCGCUCAGCAGUCUGCUGUUAGAGGGUCACAGUCUCCUCGCUCUGGCUGCCAUCAUGUUCGUCCCCGGAGGAAUCGACCAGGUGGUGGCUCAGGGUGAACGGUCAGGAAGGUCAGAGCGGACCGUCGACCCUCAGCUCCUGAAGAUGGCGCUGGCCCCCCACUCCAAGCUGAAGGCCGCCCUGUUCCCCGCCGGGCCCCGAGGACACAGCCCUUCCUCCGACGUCUCCGUCUACCACCUCCUGCAGUCGCUCCACCCUCUGGACCCGUCCAGGCUGUUCGGCUGGCAGGUGGCAAACUCCCUCAACUCCACAGAGACGUCGGAGCUACCUCAUUUCUCCAGCCCUCACCUGGUCAACAGGUUCGCUCUGGUGGAGAACCUGGACUUCCUGUACUACCUCCGUCACGGCCGACCAUCCUUCGCCUACGCCACCUUCCUUGUCCAGCAGCUGAGUGGCUGCAGUGACGUGACGCUGCUCGUGCAGCACACCUGGCAGCAGGUGUACAGAUUGGCCCUGCAGUGCUUCAACGUGCCGGCGGUGGCGUCUGCGGCCGUUUGUUUCUGCGAGCUGCUGGGAGUCUGUAGCCUGAAGCUGAGAGUCGACAUCAGAGCCAUGAACACCGUCCUGCAGCACCAGAACCUCCACAACACACACUCUGCCCCGACACAACAUCUACACUCUCUGGUAUCUAAAGCAGUGAAGCUGGCAGAGGCGGAGCCUGGAGCAGCGGAGGAGCUGAUUGGCUACCUGGAGGCUGCAGUGACAGACAGUCUGGAGCAGAAGGGCAUCAGCAGGUCGUCCUACGAGGCAGCUCAGGAGUGGGCGUUGCCUGUUCAGUUCUGUCAGCUCCACGGUCUGAAGCUCAGCUCUGUUUACCCCGCCCACUGCGCCAGUGACGGACAGUUCAUCCACUUCCUGUUGUUUGUCCAACUGCACAACUUCCCGCCCCAGCAGGUGAGGUCACUGGUGGCUCAGUUCAGCCCCGCCCUCCAGGCCCACCUGAGUCUGGCGUUCCAGGACCUGCAGGUGUACAGUCAGAGGAGGAGCUGUGGCUCCGAGGAGCAGGAGCAGGCUCUGAGCUCAGAGACGGCCCCCGGGUGUCCGGAGCACCCCAGGGAGCUGUUCCAGGUCCUCCUGCAGAGCCAGGAGGAGGCGGCACCCUGCAGGUACCUGCUGCAGGUAGCUCUGAUGCAGCGCUGCCCGACCCUGGCUGUGCUCGCCGCCUGUCAACAGGGGGCGGAGCUGCUGCCCUCCCUGUGUGUGUGGGUGUUGACCUCCGUCGAUGACGUCACAGCGGGGGAAGCCACCUCCCACCUGGUGGUAGCCCCCCAGCACCACGACUGGACGCUGCACGACCUGUCAAUCAUCUGGAGGACGCUGCUGGGGCGGGGCUGCAUCAGGCCCCUCCUACGAGGCUUCGAGCUCUUCCAGAGGGACUGCCCUCUGGUGUUGGUGCUCAGGAUGUUUGAGCUGUGCUGUGACCACAGGAACUUCUCCGAGGCCAAAGCCAAGCUGCUGGACUUCCAGAGGACGCUCAUCACUUUAAAGAACGGCGGUCCGGUUCCCUCCGACGGCCUCCCCCUGCAGUGGGUGGAGAGCCAGGCGUCCGUGCUGCUCCUCACCAUGCUGCAGCGCUGCUCCUCCCAGUACGACCUCCACCGCCUCCUGCAGCUCCUGGCCGACGUCGACAAGCUCCUCAAAUCCAGCGGUCCAGACUUCAGGAAGCUGAGUCAGCUCAGUCAGCUGCUGCAGGGGUCAGAGGUCAGCCUGUCUCCCAGGCUGCUGCAGUGCACGUCUCCCUCCGUCCAGCAGGAGGAGUUCCAGGCGGCUGUGGACGCUCUGCAGGCCGAAGGCCGCUACAGCCAGGCCAGGCAGGUCGCUCUGCUGGCCGGCCUCCCCGUCCACCGCCUGCUGCUGAGCCAGCUCCUUCAGGAAGUGAACGCCCAGAAGUCCAAGACUCAGUGGAGGAGGCUGGAGACCCGCGUCAGUUUCUGGAAGAAAUGUCAGGAGCAGCUGAAGACGGACGGCACUGAUCCAGAAUCAGCCUCCAGCUUCUUCCUGUCUCAGUCUGAGGCCGGGACCACAGACUCCUCCCCCGCCGGAGGAGAGGCUCAGGCGGAGCUGCUGGACGUCCAGGAGCGCUGCCUGCUGCUGGGCCUCGCCGCUCACUGGCUCUCCCUGGUCGACCCGGCUCCCGUGGAAAAACUGGAGAGCCUGGAGAAAACGCUGUGGGUGAGCCGGGUCCGACGACACGUCCUCACCGUCGCCAUGGAGAAGGAGAGCGUCUUCAACCUGCCGCCGCCCGCCGUCACACCUGAAAUGAACACGUACGAGAUGCUGAUGAAGGAGUUCUCCUUCUCCAACAUAUCAGCUCUGAACUCAGAGAAGUGCCUCAGUCUGGAGGGACUCCCGGGUCCCUCAGAGGAGCAGCAGGAGCCGGAUAUCGACUCCGGGUUGAGUCCAGAGGAGAGGCGCGUUCUGGCCGCGCUGAUCGGUCAGUUACUGGAUGACGGCAGCAUCCAUGAAGCCGGCCGUAUCUGCCGUUAUUUCUCAACGUAUCACCGGGACAUGUGGGUGGUGCUGCGCUGCAGAGGCCUCGCGUCCGGAGACCUGAACCCCGAACCGCAGGAAGAGGCUGCAGACGCUCCGCCGAGGAGGAGCAUGACCAGCUCCGCCUCGUUCAGCAGCCUGUCGUUCGUCAUGCUCCCCCUCCCCGAAGACGAGGUGGCUGUCCAGCUCCAGCAACUGGUGGAUCAGUGUCGCCACGGCAACAACUACUGUAAACAAGUCCUCAGCCUCUACCAGCUCUCCAAGGAGCUGCAGACCUCCUUCGGCGAGAUCUGCAGGAAGGAGCCGCGCUGCGUGCUGGAGAUGCUGCUGCUGUCGGAUCAGCCCGAGCGCUUCAGGAAGGCUCAGGCCUUCAUCAGGGCGCAGGGUCUCACCGCAGACGCCGUGGCCGAGCUGGUGUCCUCCGCCGUGGUCCAGGCUCUGCUGGCCUCCGCCCAGGAGCUGCAGCCUGUGAUGGUCCGAAGGCUGUGUGUGUGUCUGUGUGUGUGUGCGUCUAACCCAGCAGAGAAGCAGGUGUUCAGGCCGGCGGAGGGGCGGGACUCUCUGAUCCAGCUGAUCAAACUGUGCGACGACCCGAACCUGGUGGGAAUCAAACUGCUGGAAAACCUCAACGCCGUCCCACUGAGAGACCUGAGCUGCAUCGUGGAGCUGCUGAUCGUGGCUCACGACUGUUUCAGUCUCACCUGUAACAUGGAGGGAAUCGUCAGGGUGCUCCAGGCCGCCCGCCACCUCAGCCACACCUACCUCGCCCCAGGAGAGCACUACAGCCUGCUGGUGCGUCUGCUGACAGGUAUCGGCAGGUACAAUGAGAUGACGUACGUCUUCGACCUGCUGCAUCAGAACCAUCGCUUUGAGAUGCUGCUGAGGAAGAAGAUGGACACAGACAGACAACAGAGCUCCAGUCUGAAGACGGCUCUGCUGGAUUACAUCAAACGCUGCCUCCCCGCAGACAGCGAGAAACACAACAUGGUGGCGCUGUGUUUCAGCAUGAGGAGGGAGAUCGGGGAGAACCACGAGAUGGCUGCUCGCACUCAGCUGAAGAUCAUCGAGUCUCAGGCCUGGGUCGUCACCCCCGACCUGAAGAGCUCGCUGGUCAAGGUGUUGGGUCUGCUGAAGGACGCCGCCGAGAGCUUCUCCAAGGACUCGUGUGUGCGUCAGGCCACUCGCUGCGUCCGCACGGCGAAGCUGGUCGCUCUUCAGCUCCACUUCCUGAACCAGGGCUCAGACCUGCGUGUCAUCAACCUGCGACCUGCCGAGCUGCUGAACACGGUCGUGGGGCUGCCGCGAUGCUACCAGGUGUUCGUGGUGUCGGAGGCGUACGGCUACAGUCCAGACUGGGCUGAGAUUCUGUACCAGCGGGUGAUCCUGAAGGGAGACUUCGUUUACCUGGAGGAGCUCAAACAGCAGCGCCCGCUCACCUGCAGCCUGUUCGAGGACGUCUUCAACAAGCUGGACGGCGCUCCCAGCAGCGCCACUCCCAACGUGAAGCGGCUGCUGACGCACUGCGACGACGUGUACAGCCGCUACAGGCUGGCCUACCAGCAGAACCUGUACGACGUCACCAAGACCAUGCUGCAGGACGCCAAGACCUCCAACUACCUGAACGACAGACUGGCCAGCUGACUGACUGGUUUACCUGACUGUGAAUGAAGAACCAGUUGACAAAUAACCAGGAAACUGUUGAUGUACUAAAGUUAUUUGUAAAAGAAAAGAAUCAAGAAAAACUUCUGCUUUAUUUCUGACUUAUCUUCUGUGGAGAUUAAUGACUGAUAAAUAAUAAUGAAUCCAUUAAAUUUAUUCUAAUGUUUUUCUCACUGAGUCACUGAGCAGAAUAAGUUUCUAUUAACAAAUGAAGAAGAGAAUGAAACCAGAUGUUUGGAACAGAUGUUACAGUCACAGUGUGAACAGCUGCAAAUAUCUUUAUAAUAUGAUUUAAUUUAAUUUAAACACUGUGAUGAUCUGCAUUAAAGACACUUUCUAAACUCUUCUGCAUCA